AUGUCUUCAAAACGUCUUCAACGUCUCGAACAAAUGGAAAAAGGUGUUCUGAAUCUAGCUUUAGACGGAGGUCAAGCCAGUGAUGAUUCGGAUGAUGAUUCCAAACGAAAGAAUAAUAAGAAAAAAGGCGGCGCAGCUAAAAACAGACAACCGAUUGCCAAGGCAGCUCCUUCGAAGAAGCAAUUCGUCAAUGAUGAAAAUGACGAUGAUGAUAAUGAACCCACGACGACGAAAAAACCCGCUCCACAAAACAAUUCCGAUGAGGACGACAAGCCUCGAAAUAAAAAUGCGAAUAAGAAGAACAAAGGCAAGAAAAACAACAAACAAGUAAACGACGAUGACGACGAUGAUGAUGACAAUCAAAGUUCUGUUCAACAAGCAUCACUUCCAGCCGAUUCCGAUGACGAUGAUAAUCAACGCAAUAAGAAGAAAAACAAAGGAAAAAAUAAGAAUAAAGAAGAUAAUAAUGAAGCGAAAUCUGAUCGAAAGAAACCAAAAGGUGGAAAGAAGAAUGAUGCAUCUGACGAUGAGCAAGACAAUGACGUGCCACCUCCACCACUAAUUGUUCAAAAAGAAGCACAACAAGCCGAUGUCAAUUUCUCAGAUGAUUCUGAUCAUGAUCGAUCGAAAAAGAAGAAGAAAAAGCAAAAUAAACAGAAGAAAGUUGAAUCGGACAAAGAUGAACCUGAAGAAAACCCAGUUGUUGUUGAAAUUGAAUCAAUUGAGAACAAGGAAGUCGCACAAGCAACAAUUGACUGGAGCGACUCCGAUGAUAAUUCGAAGAAGAAAAAAUCGAAAUCUAAAAACAAAAAACAAGAGAAUGUUGUAGAACCAACUCCAGUAGUUUCUGCCAAAGAAGAACCCAAGCCACCUGUGGCUGAACCAGAACCAACACCAACACCUGAAGUUACAACAACAACAACUAAGAAGAAAAUUUCAAGAAAAGAAUUAGAAAAAUUAGCAGCUGCUGAAGAGCCAACUCCGAUGGAAGAAGAAAAUGUGGAAGAAGGAGAAGCUCCUGUUGAACCGCAAGAGGACGAGCCAGUUGCUAAAACCGGUGAAAAAGAAUUAUCGCGAAAAGAAAAGAAGAAAUUAGAAAAGAAAUUGGAAUUUGAAAGAAUGACUGCUGCUGCUCCAGACACCGAGCAAUUCUCCGUAUCUCAAGCAACGACGCAGAAUCGUCAAGCACAACUUUUCGAAACUGCCAUUGAUAUUAAAAUCGAAAAUUUUUCUAUCUCUGCACGUGGCAAUGAUUUGUUCGUUAAUGCUAAUUUACAUAUUUCCAAUGGUCGCCGAUAUGGUCUUGUCGGGCCGAACGGUAUGGGUAAAACAACAUUAUUAAAACACAUUGCCAAUCGACAAUUAGCAAUUCCACCGAAUAUCGAUGUUCUUCUCUGUGAACAAGAAGUGCAAGCUGAUGAUCGAUGUGCAUUAGAUGUUUUACUCAUGGCAGAUACGAAACGAUUGAGUUUGCUUGAAGAGCAAAAGAAACUUGAAGCACAACUGGAAACCUCAAGUGAUUCUGAACUACAAGAUAAAUUACGACAUGUUUACGAUGAACUAAAAGCAAUUAACGCCGAUGCAGCUGAACCCAAAGCACGACGUAUUCUUUCUGGUCUUGGUUUUACAUCUGAAAUGAUUAGUCGUCCAUCGAAAUCUUUCAGUGGCGGUUGGCGUAUGCGUAUUUCACUUGCACGUGCUCUUUAUAUUGAACCAACAUUGUUAAUGCUCGAUGAGCCCACAAAUCAUCUUGAUUUGAACGCUGUUAUCUGGCUGGAUAAUUAUCUUCAAUCGUGGAAGAAGACUUUGCUCGUUGUUUCGCACGAUCAAUCGUUUUUGGAUAACAUCUGUACAGAUAUCGUUCAUUUAGAUAAUAAGAAACUGUAUUAUUAUAAGGGUAAUUAUUCUUUGUUCAAAAAAAUGUUUGUGCAAACACGAGCUCAACAGCUGAAAGAUUAUGAAAAGCAAGAACGAACAUUGAAAGCACUGAAAGAUCAAGGACAUUCAUCGAAACAAGCGACAGCGAAAGUUGGAAAACGUGAAGAACACAAGAAAAAAGAUAAAGACCGUGGUCGAAAACAAGAUGUUGACGAUGAUGCAUCAACCGGAAAAGAAUUAUUACAAAAGCCAAAAGAUUAUCAAGUUCGAUUUCGGUUUCCAUCACCACCACCACUCAAUCCACCAGUCUUGGGUGCAUACGAUAUGACAUUCGCUUAUGCAAAUCGUGCACCACUCUUCGACAAACUUAACUUUGGUGUUGAUAUGACGAGUCGAGUAGCCAUUGUUGGACCCAAUGGUGUUGGUAAAAGUACAUUCUUAAAAUUAUUAAUGGGUGUUAUCGAACCCACUCGAGGUGAAAUUCGUCGAAAUCAUCGUCUGCGUAUUGGUCGAUUCGAUCAACAUGCUGGUGAGCAAUUUGAUUUGGAUAUAAGUGCUGUGGAACAUCUCAAACGAUCGUUUAAUAUGCCUGAACAGGAUACACGAAAAUCUUUGGGAAGUGUCGGCUUGCCUGGUCGUGCUCAUACCAUCAAAAUGAAAGAUCUUUCUGGUGGACAAAAAGCUCGUGUGGCCUUAUCAGAUCUGAUUGCGCGUGAGCCAGAUCUUUUAAUUCUUGAUGAACCGACUAAUAAUCUUGAUAUCGAAUCGAUCGAUGCGUUAGCUGAUGCAAUCAAUGAGUAUAAAGGUGGUGUAAUUAUUGUCUCGCACGAUGAACGACUUAUCCGUGAAACUAAUUGUCAACUGUGGGUAAUUGAAGAUAAGAAUAUCAACGAAAUUGAUGGAGAUUUUGAUGAUUACAGAAAAGAGUUACUUGACUCGUUAGGAGAAGCUAUGAUUCAUAAUCCAAGUGCAGCAGCAACCGCCGCGUCGUCUAUUUAA